AUAUAUAGAUAUAGAGUUGGAGAUCUAUCUCUCGCACGUAGAUUUGAUAAACCCUCUCCACCUCCAUCUGUUGCAAAUUGCAAUUCUCAAUUUUGUUUUUUCAGGGUUGAAUCUUUUAGGGAAGGAGAUGGAGUCGGAUUCCAAUUUUAAUGUUGGCUUCGCUUUCAAUGACAGCCGUUUCUCAGACAAGGUUCUCCGUAUCGAGGUAAUGACCGACCCGUUUGAUAGUGUCACCUCCAUCGCUGACUGGCUUCGCCACUGCAAGAAGAGGAGACGCGAAAACGGUGAUGAAGCUGCAAACUGUAACAUGGAUGGCUCUGCCGCUACAGUUGUUAGAGUUAAAACACUGCAUAUAAGUUCUCCUAUCCUGGCUGCUAAAAGCCCUUUCUUCUACCAGCUUUUCUCAAAUGUGACGAGUGAGUCAGAGCAGAGACAUAUCACCCUCAGUAUUAAUGCAUCUGAAGAAACUGGUCUCAUGGAGCUACUCAAAUUUAUGUAUAGUAAUACCUUGAAUAUUUCUGCGGCACCUGCUUUACUGGAUGUGCUUAUGGCUGCGGAUAAAUUUGAUGUGCCUUCAUGCAUGAAAUACUUGCUAAAUUCGCCCAUGACAACUGACUCUGCAUUACUCUACCUGGAGCUUCCUCAUACUGUUGUUGCAGCCCAACCACUGAUUGAUGCUGCAAAGCAGUAUCUUGUUGACCGAUACAAGGAUAUAACCCACAAACAGUUUGAGGAAGAGCUUAUGGCCUUGCCUCUUUCUGGGAUAGAGGCAAUCUUGGCUAGUGAUGAUCUCCAGGUUGCAUCAGAUGAUGAUGUAUAUGACUUUGCAUUAAACUGGGCUAGACAAAAGUACAAGAGUCUGGAAGAAAGGCGUGAAGUUUUGGGUACACGACUUGUGCGUUUAAUUCGCUUCCCUUAUAUGACAUGUCAGAAGCUUGAGGACGUCUUAACAUGUAAUGACUUUGAACAUGAGGCUGCAUCUAAGCUUGUACUUGAAGCCCUAUCGUUCAAGGCGGAGUCAUUGGCAGCAAAAGAGUCUACUUCUUUGAACCAGCGCUUUGUUAAGAGGGCAUAUAAGUGUGUGAUGUACCUGCAUCUGAAGCGGAAGAAGUGCGUCGCUUUGUUCCCAUCUGGCCAUUUCCAAUCUAAGGCGUUCCAUUUUGGUGGACAGAUGUUUUUUCUAUCAGCAAAAUGUGACAUGGACGAACUUGACUCUUUCCAUUGCUUUUCAUUGUCUUUGGGAAUGGAGAAAAGGUGCCUGGGAAGCAUUGAUGUGAACUAUGAUUUUGGUGUAUGGUUGAAGCCAACAGAGAUGUUUGUUAGCUUGUACAAAUCCAAUUGCACAUUUACCGCUGGGAUAUCUAGUGGAUGUAGAAACCUCUUUAAGGUUCCAUGGACUUCGUUCAUUGCUGAGGAUAGUCUUUUCUGCAGUAAAGGCAAACUCCACCUGAUAGUCAAGCUCACUAUCGCAUCUUGAUCCCUUUAUUUGUGCUUAUGAACUAUUUAUUCUAGUUGGAUAGUCUUGACUUUUAGUUGCUGAUUUCUCAUUUUUUUUUAAACUAAUGGUGUUAGUCUUGAUCUCAUAUGUUUUUAUUAGUAUGAAUAAUAUCUGAACAUUUUAAAGUUAUAAUAGUUGCGUAUUUGAUAAGUAUAUCCAGUCAUAAGAGGUUGUGACUCAACAAUCAAGAGAAAAUGUCACUACUUGCAUUCCAAGGCCAUAGAUUUUCAACGAGAAAAAAUCAUUUCAAAAUUGAGCAUGCUGAUGUUCUGCUUGUCUACUAUACUAGAAUUCUCGGUAUGUAUUCGACAAUUUCAAUUUACCUGAGUCUGAAUCAAUGAUGUAUUUUGAUACUGAUACCAAUAUCAACGUAGCUUGCAAAUUUACAAAUUAUGGAAUUUUCACGUUAUAAAUGUGUACUUUCUUUGUUUAGUGUCAUUAAAGAAUAGGUUGAAGUCAUCAUGGAAGAAAUCUGUUAGAAUUAGUGUAGGUGUAUUUGAAUUGAUCUUUUGAUUCAUUAGUGAAUUUUUGGCUGACCAGCUUCCUUUUGGAAGAGGAAAGUUAUUGCACAA